AGGCUGUCACUCAGGUGGCGGUGGCGGAGGCCGGGCUAAGACGUGGCCCGGGGAACGCGGCUGGUUGUCCAGGCCCUGGGGGAGACGACGGGUCACUAGGCCGUCCUCAUUUUGGUGGAGGGCGCCGAGCUACAGGAGAGGCGGGCGCCGGAAUCUGCACCUCCAUGCCCGCGCGCAGGGCGGUCCGCUGAUGGAGCGCGCCACCCGCUCCGGGCCGCUGGCGCGGGCUCUGCUGCUACCUCUGCUGCUGGGGCUGAUCGUGAGGACCGUGGCCGCCAGGCGCGCCCCCGAGGUCCCUGCACCGAGGGCGGAGGCGGCAUUUGGUCUGGGGGCUGCAGCCGCUCCCACCUCCGCCGCGCGGGUGCCGGCCAGCGGGGCCGGGACUACGGCCGAAGUGACGGUGGAGGACGCAGAGGCGCUGCCGGCUGCCGCGAGCGAUCCGGAACCGCGGGAGCCGGAACCCGACGAUGAGGCCGAGCUGCGGCCACGCGGCAGAUCAUUAGUGAUUAUCAGCACUUUAGAUGGACGAAUUGCAGCCUUGGAUCCUGAGAACCAUGGUAAAAAGCAGUGGGAUUUGGAUGUGGGAUCUGGCUCCUUGGUUUCAUCCAGCCUGAGCAAACCAGAGGUAUUUGGGAAUAAGAUGAUUAUUCCUUCCCUGGAUGGAGACCUCUUCCAGUGGGACCGAGACCGUGAGAGCAUGGAAACAGUUCCUUUUACAGUUGAAUCUCUUCUCGAAUCUUCCUAUAAAUUUGGGGAUGACGUUGUUUUGGUUGGAGGAAAAUCUCUCACUACAUAUGGACUCAGUGCAUACAGUGGAAAGGUUAGGUACAUUUGUUCAGCUUUGGGUUGUCGCCAAUGGGAUAAUGAUGAAAUGGAGCAAGAAGACAUCCUGCUUCUGCAACGAACUCAGAAAACUGUUCGAGCUGUUGGACCUCGUAGUGGAAAUGAAAAGUGGAAUUUCAGUGUUGGCCACUUUGAACUUCGGUAUAUUCCAGACGUGGAAACUAGAGCCGGAUUUAUUGAAAGCACUUUAAAACCCAGUGGGGACAAAGAAGAGUCUAAAAUUAUUUCAGAUGUGGAAGAACAGGAAGCUGCCAUGAUGGAUACAGUGAUAAAGGUCUCGGUAACUGAUUGGAAGGUCAUGGCAUUUAAUAAGAAGGGAGGACAUCUGGAAUGGGAAUAUCAGUUCUGCACUCCCAUUGCAUCUGCCUGGUUGGUAAAGGAUGGCAAGGUCAUUCCCAUCAGUCUCUUUGAUGAUACAAGUUACACAUCUAACAACAAAGUUUUAGAUGAUGAGGAAGACAUUGUGGAAGCCGCCCGCGGAGCCACAGAGAGCAGUGUUUACCUGGGAAUGUACAGAGGCCAGCUAUAUCUGCAGUCAUCAGUAAGGAUUUCAGAAAAGUUUCCAACGAAUCCCAAGGCCUUAGAAUCUGUUAAUAAUGAAAAUGCAAUUAUUCCUCUGCCAACGAUCAAAUGGAAACCCUUGAUUCAUUCUCCUUCCAGAACACCUGUGUUGGUAGGAUCUGAUGAAUUUGACAAAUGUCUUAGUAAUGAUAAGUUUUCUCAUGAAGAGUACAGUAAUGGUGCACUUUCAGUCUUGCAAUAUCCAUAUGAUAAUGGUUACUAUCUACCAUACUACAAGAGGGAGAGGAGCAAACGGAGCACACAGAUCACAGUUCGAUUUCUGGACAACCCCAGUUACAACAAGAACAUCCGCAAAAAGGAUCCUGUUCUCCUCUUACACUGGUGGAAAGAAAUAGUUGGAACUAUUCUCUUUUGUAUCAUAGCAACCACUUUUAUUGUGCGCAGGCUUUUUCAUCCUCAUCCUCACAGACAAAGAAAGGAGUCUGAAACUCAGUGUCAAACAGAAAAUAAAUAUGAUUCUGUCAGUGGAGAUUCUAAUGACAGUAGCUGGAAUGACAUAAAAAGUUCUGGUUAUGUUUCACGAUAUUUAACAGAUUUUGAACCAGUCCAGUGCAUGGGUCGUGGUGGAUUUGGCGUUGUCUUUGAAGCUAGAAACAAAGUAGAUGACUGCAAUUAUGCCAUCAAGAGAAUUCGUCUCCCCAACAGGGAGUUGGCUCGGGAAAAGGUUAUGCGAGAAGUGAAAGCCUUAGCCAAGCUUGAACAUCCAGGAAUUGUGAGAUACUUCAAUGCUUGGUUGGAAACACCGCCAGAGAAGUGGCAGGAAAAAAUGGAUGAAAUCUGGCUGAAGGAUGAAAGCACAGACUGGCCUCUCAGCUCUCCUAGCCCAAUGGAUGCGCCAUCAGUCAAAAUACGCCAAAUGGACCCUUUUUCUACAAAGGAACAUAUUGAAAUCAUAGCUCCUUCCCCCCGAAGAGGCAGGUCUUUUUCAGUAGGCAUCUCCUGCGGGGAGACAAGUUCUUCUGAGAGCCAGUUCUCACCACUGGAAUUUUCAGAAACCGACCACGGAGACGUCAGCGAGUCGGUGGAUGCAGUGUACAACCUCCAGGACAGUUGCCUUACAGACUGUGAUGCGGAAGAUGGUACCGUGGAUGGCAACGAUGAGGGGCACUCCUUUGAACUUUGUCCUUCUGAAACUUCUCCCUACAUACGGUCCGGGGAGAGAACCUCGUCUUCUAUAGUAUUUGAAGAUUCUGGCUGCGACAAUGCAUCCAGUAAAGAACUCAAAACAAACCGACUGCAUCUUGGCAACCACUGUGCUAAUAAACUUGCUGCUUUGAGGCAUUCCACUAGCCAGUCAUCCUCUGAACCCACCCUGUCUAUUUCUCCACCAAGGCCAACGUCUCUAAGUUUAGAUCUCACAAAGAACUCCGCAGAGAAACUCCAGCCCAGUUCCCCAAAGGUGUAUCUUUACAUCCAGAUGCAGCUAUGUAGGAAGGAAAACCUCAAAGACUGGAUGAACAGUCGUUGCACCAUCGAGGAGAGAGAGAGGAGCAUGUGUCUGCACAUCUUCUUGCAGAUCGCAGAGGCAGUGGAGUUUCUGCACAGCAAGGGGCUCAUGCACAGGGACCUCAAGCCUUCCAACAUUUUCUUUUCAGUGGAUGAUGUGGUCAAGGUCGGAGACUUUGGACUCGUGACUGCAAUGGACCAAGAUGAGGAAGAACAGAUGGUUCUGACUCCCAUGCCAGCAUAUGCCAGGCACACAGGACAAGUGGGGACAAAACUGUACAUGAGCCCCGAGCAGAUUCAUGGAAACAGCUACUCUCACAAAGUGGACAUCUUCUCCUUAGGCCUCAUUCUGUUUGAGCUGCUCUACCCAUUCGGCACUCAGAUGGAGAGAGUCAGGAUUUUAACUGAUGUAAGAAACCUCAAAUUUCCACCACUUUUUACUCAGAAAUAUCCUCGUGAGUCUGCAAUGGUUCAGGACAUGCUGUCUCCUUCACCCACUGAACGGCCGGAAGCGACAGACAUCAUUGAAAAUGCUGUAUUUGAGGACUUGGAGUUUCCAGGAAAAACAGUGCUCAGACAGAGAUCCCGCUCCUUAAGUUCAUCAGGGACAAAACAUUCCAGACAUCCCAGCUUCUCCCACAGCCCUUUGCCAAGCAGCUUCUCUUAGGCUGGACUCGGUCCCCGUCCGAGUUUCCAGAAUCGUGGACUUAAAAUUUGGUUUCUUUGCUCACUGUUGUUUCCGGCUACUUUGGCUAAGUUAAAAAUAGAACAGAGGUGGGGAGGGGACUUGCCCUAAUGUGAAUGAGCUUUUGAUUUCUGCUCUGCUCAAGGAGAGGACCUGUCUCUUACUUAGGUGUGGUCCGUAAUCUUCGUUUGUCUCUUGGGACUGGCUGACCAAGCUUUCUCACCCUCACCUUUUGCCAAGGGAGGUAGAAGCACUCUCUAAAAUAGAGAGGAAAACAUUAAAGUGGAAAUAUUUUUAUAGUACAGGAGAAUGAAAAUUCCUACGUGUGGUGACUUUAUUGUUCUAGGAAUAUGCCUCCUGGAGACUUGGUGGUGACUUUGAAACUGAUUUUCCAAAAAAGCUGACUCCAUUUUUGUCCCUGGUGGGUAAAUUUGGAAUAUGCACUAUUUUGGAUGAAAAGUAGCACAAAUUGCCUAAUGUUGUAUGUCCAUAGCUAGUUUUAUAGUGGCUUUUAUAGCAUUAAGUAGUUUUAUCCCUUAGGUUCUAGGGAUAGUUCAAGCUUUCCAUACUUUUACCUCCAAUGAAAGGAAAAUGAAGCGUUUUUGGUAUAAAUUGGUCAAAACUUCUGGUUUGGGAAAGAAAAAUGGCCUUAGUAAAAAAUGAAUUAUAUAUUACAACUAAUUUCUUCAAUUAAUGGACUUUUUAAACCUAAUGAAACUUUAAAUGUCUUAUAUGUCAUCUAGUAGGUUGGUAUUUUUCCAAAACUGAUUAUAGUUAAGUUUAAUCAUCUAAUUUGCUAACAUGUUUUUAUUUUUCAUUGUAAAUAUGUUUAUUUUUUAUUUAUAAAAAUUCCAAACUCAAUCCAUUUGGGUUGGUGGUGUACAGAACACACUUAAGUGUGUUAACUAUUGUGACUUCUUUCAAGUCUAAAUGAUUUAAUAAAAUUUUAAAAUAUU